GCUAAUUGUUCGCUUUAUUUAGUUGUUAAACAUUUUUGGCUCUUGUAAAUUGUCCGACCACUAACAGCUUAAGACGUUGGCGAGUCGUUGUAUGAAGUGGUGGUGAUUCGCGUGUUCCUUUUUUGACUGUUUCACGUUUGCACUAGUUAAUUUUUCCUAGUAUAGUGAUUGCUUUAAAAGGAGAGUUUUUUGUGUUAAGGAGCGAACUUCAACAUAGAAAAUGUCCAAUAUGGAGAUAUCUGCUAUUCAGGAGUUCUACAAAGGGACCAAUGUGUUUUUAACUGGAGGUACUGGUUUCUUGGGCAAAGCCACUAUCGAGAAACUGCUGAGAAAUACUGAAGUUGAAACCAUCUAUGUGCUGAUACGAGAAAAGAAGGGCCAAACACCCCAUAUGAGAAUUGACUCGCUUUUUGACGAUGUGCUUUUUGAUCGAUUGAAGAAAGAGAAACCGAAAUGCCGAAAUAAAGUCGAAGCCAUUGCUGGAGACUGUUCGAUUGCAGGUUUAGGAAUUUCAAUCACAGACAGACAGAGGUUGAUAUCAAACAUUAACGUUAUUCUUCACGUGGCAGCUACGGUUAACUUCAACGAGCACAUAAAAUUAGCUUACAACAUUAACGUUAAUGGUACCAAAGACCUUAUAAAUCUUGCAAGAGAAGUCCAAAAUUUAAAGUCUGUGGUUCACGUUUCUACAGCAUACGCAAACUGUCAUCUUCGAGAAAUUGACGAAAAACUGUACGAAUAUCCGGUAAAAUAUUCAGAUGUGGAGAACGCUUUGGAAAAAAUGACUGUUGAACAAUCAGACCUCUGUACGCCCAAACUCUUAGGACAAUGGCCCAACAGUUACACAUUCACCAAAGCUUUGGCCGAAUCCCUGGUAAAAGAUCUUGGAAAUGGUUUGGCUGUUGGAAUCUUCAGACCUGGCAUAGUCGUUUCAACUUACAAAGAGCCGUUUCCUGGCUGGAUAGAUAAUCUCUAUGGACCCACCGGUCUUGCUGCCGGCGCAGUAUCUGGAUUAUUAAGAGUUUCUUAUUGUGACGGUGGGAAAUUGGCCGAUAUCGUACCGGUUGAUACUUGUGUAGCCGCUCUGAUCGUUUCUGCCUGGGACGUUUAUAAAAGAAGCCAAGAAAAAACAUUUGAAACUAUUCCAGUCUACAACUAUGUAUCAUCGACGGAAAAUCCAAUAACUCAUGAAGAUUUCAAGGUAUUAAACUUAACACAUGGAAUGGACUUUGUUCCCUCCAACGCCAUUUGGAAGCCCGUUGCUUUAAUGACGACCAACUACUACUUUUAUAUAUUUUUGAAAAUUUUCCUGCAUAUAAUUCCGGCAGCUCUUCUCGAUUUAUGCACCAUGCUGACAGGAGGCAAACCAAAACUAUUACGUAUUUACAAAAAAGUCCACAAGUUCAGCGAAUUCCUCAGCUACUUUUGCUUGCAAGAGUGGAAGUUUAGCAACAAUAACGUUCAAAACUUGUGGUUGAAAUUGAACAAAACAGAUCAGCAAUUGUUCCCAAUGAGUAUGCAAAAUGUGUCAUGGACUCUUUUCUUCAGAAGGUACAUUAAGGGCAUCAGGCAAUAUUUGCUGAAGGAAUCCGAUGCCACUUUGGAGGCAUCCAGGAAGAGAUUUAAAAGGUUUUCGAUUGCUCAUGAAGUUCUGAAACUUGUCUUUUAUUUCUUCGGGAGUUUGCUGACCGCCAGUAUAUUAAGCCGAGUGUGGAACGCGAUUUGUAAUUAGUCAAUAAUUUUUCUAUGUUAAAUAGAAUUUUCAUAUUGUCGGCACUGCUUGGGGAAGUGUACCAGUAUCGAUAUUAUAUUUUUAGACUUGUAGUUGCUAUCACGCUAGUCUAGCGUCUUAAUUGCACAAUAAAUCCAUGGUGUCCACGUU